AAGCACUGCUGAGCGUUCAGGAUGUUGAACUGGGUAGCGAAGGUAGUGCCACAACCCCCUGAUGGGCAGGACAGCCUGGGGGAGGAAUUGGCCACAGCGGAUGGAAAAACAUCAAAUCGAGUCAAGCUAAAGUCAUCCAAAUCAAUCAGGGAGGAAGACCAAACAUCUCAGACCUCACAGGGCAGUGUUCAGAGUGGUAUGAUGAACUGGCUCUCCAAUGGUUUCACGAGUGCACUGCCCCAACCUGCAGGGAGUCCUCUUCUGACCAGAGCUAACGCUGACGCUAAAUCACUGCAAGGAGAAUGUACUGGAGACAGGACUGGAGUUAUUGGUUGGAUCUCACAAGGGAUUGGAAAGGUGGUUCCUCAGCCUGAUGAGAAAUACAGACAAGAACAGACUCCAGAAUCUGAUGAAGUCACAGAGAUCUAUGAUCCCAAGGACCUCCCAGAUGCAGAGCCCUUGCCACACAUACCAGUGGUAGAGAUGGUGUCAGAAGACGAGCUAUCUGAGGUGGAUGUCCCUGCUCAGUUUCCUCCAAAAGUAAUGGGCUGGAUAAAGAGUGGCUUCCAGAACGCUCUGCCUCAACAUGUGAUCAGACCCCCAAAUAAUUCCACGACAUCCUCACCGAGGUCAUCACAGUGCUCAAACAAAGCUUAUUCACCACCUCCAGAGUCAAUUACCAGCUUGACCAGAGAGGUUGAUUCAAAAGCAGUCAGUAUGGUGGGAAGGAUUGUUCAUGGUCUCGGCCUUUCACUGCCACAACCAGUGCUGAAAAACAAGGAGGAUGGGGAGAUUGUGCAAAAUGGGGGGAGGACACUGAGAACCCCUUAAACAAAAGGAGAGAGAGAGAGAUGCAACUGAGGAGGAGUCUGUCACUGUCACAGAGCACUACAAAAAAAUCAUUUUCUUAUUCAUUAUUUCUGGCUUGUUUUCCAGUAAAAUCCUAUAAGCCCCAUAAGCUAAGCAUAUCAAACUACAUUUAGUGAUGUAUAUUCUUAAUUUACCAAUAGGGUAAGAGAAAUAAACUUAAUUCAAAAUAAAUACUCUGAAAACAAGUCUUAUUUACUUACAGUUUUCCCUUUCGUGU